AUGACUGUGUGGAUUGGGCUGUGCUGGCAUGGCGGCGAGUUCGGUGUUUUGUAUAUACCUACUUAUAAAGAAAAUAUUUUUGUAGGUACAAAAGGCUACCAAACACACGAUGACGUACUUUCUGAUAAAGCUACACUAUAUAGCAUUGACCAGAACAAUUUUAGAAAUCCAGUAGUUCAGCUUCGGCCGGUUUCAAUAUCCAAUGGAUUAGUUUGGGCGCUCAAUAACUCAGUGAUGUACUACAUCGACUCGCUCACUAUGAAAGUGGAGGCGUUUGACUUCGACGUUCAGCAAGGAGAUAUAAGUGGACGACGAACGAUUAUAGAUAUAUCGGACUAUGGAUAUGAAGACGCAAUACCGGAUGGUAUGACCAUCGAUGACCAAGGUCACUUAUGGGUGGCGCUUAUGUUUGGUGGCACAGUACUACAUGUAGACCCAGAUACCAAGGAAAUAAUCUACAGCUACAAAUUACCAACCUCAAGAGUAACUUCUGUCGCUUGGGGCGGGCCCAAUUUAGAUGAGCUCUUCAUCACAACAGGUCAAGACAAAGUAGAAUUAAAUGCAGAGCCAUUACAGGGAGCCAUAUUUACAAUCAGAGGGACAGGCAGACGUGGCGUUCCACCUAACUACUUCCGUUUUGAUAAUAAACAGUUUAAGGAUAUCAGCUACAACGUGUUUGCAUAUACCAACCUAACGUUCACACACGCUGAAAGUCCCGUGUGGGACUCGGAGACAAACAAACUCUACUGGGUGGACGUGCUCAAUCAAAAUGUGCACGAAUUGGACUAUUUUACAUGGCGUCACAACUACAAACAUAUUGGUUAUGGUGAAGUAAAUGUGGUGGUGCCAGUAAUGAAUAGUAAUCGGCUUUUAGUCGGCGUCCGGGCGGAACUGUAUCUGUUAGAUUGGAGUAAAAGCGGUGAUGCUGCGAUCAGACUACUCGCGGCCCUGGACCAAGGCAAACCGGACAAUGUCGUCAACGAGGGGAAAGCGGAUCCUAUGGGAAGGUUUUGGGGCGGUACCAAAGGACCGCAACGGGGUGAUAAAGUAGCUCAUGACGAAGCGGCUUUGUACAGCUUAGAAGGUCCGUGGUACUCCGCCAGAGUGAAAUUAAAGCCGGUCAGCAUCUCCAACGGACUGGUUUGGUCCCUUAACGACACCAUUAUGUAUUACAUUGACUCCACGACCAGAAAAAUUGAGGCAUUUGACUUUGAAGUUAGAACUGGACAUAUAAGUAACCGCCGCACGAUCUUAAACAUAAGAGAUUAUGGAUAUGAUAAAGCCAUCCCCGACGGUAUGACGAUCGAUGCUGACGGCCUAUUGUGGGUCGCCCUCAUGUUUGAUGGAUCGAUUAUCCGUAUCGACCCAGACUCAAGGACUAUAGUAGAGAAGUACAAACUGCCGGUGUCUCGGACGACGUCGGUGACGUGGGCGGGCCCGCAACUGGACCACUUGAUCGUGACCACGUCCAGACGCAACAUUACACCUGACGAACUGGCCCGGGAACCGCUAUCAGGCGCUAUAUUUAUAUUACAACAAACUGGUACACGCGGAGUACCCGCGUAUAAGUUCGUUUUUGAAAAUGCUGAUCUGUACUAA